AUGGAGUUGCAGAUGACCACUACUGCCCCGCCGGGCUUGGCGGAUCUUCUGCUGUGUCUAUCGUCGCACGUCAACCUCACCAGUGACCUCGUCGGAAAGUGCUUCACCGGCGGCGACGCCAUGAGAGGCGGCGAACUUAGGAUCAUCGUCAAACAGCUCGAGGGCGUCGUCCACAACAUGGGCCGUUGCCUCGGCUCCAUCCCGUCCUCUGCCUUCAAGAACCACAAGUACGCAGAAAUCGCCGCCCUGGCAAUCUCCAGAGAUAUGACCAGCGCCCGCUUCCUCACCGGCGAGGGCGUGGGGUUCACGCCGGCGAGGGCUUCGGAGGAUGAGGAGGAGGAGCCGCCACCGGCGCCGUGCUCAGACGUUUCGAGCGCCUCCGACGGGGAUACCCCCCGGCCGAGACUGGUGGACUUCAUCGCCGCGAUGCACUACAGCUCGAGGGAACGCAGCGCCUCCUCCAGCGAGUCUUUGCCGUCGCCGGCGGCGGAGUACAUUGAGCCCCUGUACGAAUCCUUCUUCUGCCCGCUGACGAAGAAGAUGAUGGAGGACCCAGUCACCAUUGAAACCGGCGUGACCUGCGAGAGGGAGGCCAUACUGGAGUGGUUUCAGAGCGACGCCACCGUCUGUCCUGUCACAGGGCGGACGCUGGCUAGCAGGGCAGUGAGCUCCAACCUUGCCCUGAAGACGACGAUUGAGGAGUGGAAGAAGAGGAACGAAGAGAUCAGGGUGAAGGUCGCGCGCUCCACCCUGUCAAAGGCCACUUCGGAGAACGUGGUCCUAGAAGUUCUGGCCGACCUGCAACUCCUCUGCCGGAGCAGGAGGAACAAGGUGAAGAUGUGCAACGUGGGGUUGGUGCCCUUGCUGGCCAGGCUUCUGGAGCAAAAGAGCAGGAAGCUCCGGUGUGAGGCGAUGGAGACCCUGCGACUGCUGAUCCAGGAAUACGAAGAAGGGAAGGUAAGCAAUCAUGAAUUUUGUAUUUUCUUCCAAUUUCUUGCAGUACCAAAAUCAUUUACGGAUUAUUCUGAAAUUUUACAGUCCUACAAUAUAUUUCAAUGGCGUCAAUUCUCUUCAUGUGGACACCACUCUCUCUCUCUCUCUCUCUCUCUCUAAACUAACAUAGACCAAGUAUAAGAUCCAAGAUUAGUAUAGCACUUCUAAUCAUUCCAGGCCAAUAAAUUACUUUCCUUUUUCAUCUCUGGAGCAAUAUCCCUGGUUCCUAGGCCAUCUCCUUGAAUACACUAUGCCCGUUCUGUGCUGGAGAUGGCUGCAAGAGCGAAUGCCAUUGGAACACCUCUCUCUCUCUCUCUCUCUCUCUCUCUCUCUCUCUAAACUAACAUGGACCAAGUAUAAGAUCCACGAUCAAUAGGGCAUUUUUAAUCAUUCCAGGCCAAUAAAUUGUUUUUUUUUUAUCUCCCUAGGCCAUUCUCGUUGAAUACAUUAUGCCCCUUCUGAGCAGGAGAUGUCUUUAAGAACGAAUGCCAUGGGAACAGCCGUCAAGAACUUGUCAAGCAGGCAUCUCUCAGAAAAGCUAGCCUCUGUUUCCUUUCUGCUGGAGCUGUCCAAGUCUGAGAAACUCUGCGAGAGGAUCGGAGCAGUCACCGGAGGGAUCCCAAUGUUGAUCACACUGAAGCACAAUCCAUCUUCAGACGCUUCCAUCGUUGAGAAGGCGGGGGAAGCCCUCAAGAACCUGGAGAAAUGUCCCAAGAACGUAGGAAUCAUGGCAGAGAAUGGCUUGCUGGAUCCCCUUCUGGACAAUCUCAUCGACGGUAUGCUCCAAAUCAUAUGUUUUGGUUCUCAAUGGGUGUGAAUAUUUCAUCUGAAUAAGAAAUAUUUAGAGAAUAAUUUACAAGAAAACAUAAAAAUGUGGUUCUCCUGAGUGGAACAUUUUUUAUAUUAUUUUCGUGAUAAUUUUCUAGGAAGAUAAGAUGAAAAUCAGAUGAGUUACUGUCUCAUAAGGAGCUAAAGCUACCCGUUUUGGAUAGAUAUGAUUAGCUAUCUCUUAAUGGUGAUUGAUUUAUAGAAUUUCUCAGAAUAUCUAGAAAUCCCAUCACUAGCCAUGAAGACGGUUCUACCAAAUAAAAUAAAAUAAAAUAAAAAAUUUAUUUGAUAGAAUUUUAUUCCCUCUUAAUUGUGAUAAAUUGUAUAACUUUUCAAAGUAUUUUGAAAAUCAAUCGGACUGAAUGCUUACUCUCAGAUCAUGAACAGCUUCUGAUCUACUAAAUUAGGACGGAAAUAUUCCUUUUUAUUCUCGUUUUCUGGAGAAAUUGGUAAAAAAUAUUCUACAUUUCCCAACCACAAAAGAUAAAACAUUAAACCAUAAUUUCUGCUCAGAUUCAUGAAAAUUACUGGUUGAUCAGGUAGAAUCAAUCCUUGGAAACUGCCUGCAGGUCCAGAAGAUCUGCGAAUGGAGAUGGGGAGCAUUCUCAUGGAGCUCGUUCUAGGGGACGACGCCAAGACCCGCAUUGCAGAGAGAGCCUCUGGAGAUCUAAUCAGGAUGCUCCGCAGUGGGAACACCCUGGCGAGGAAGGCAGCCAUGAAAACCCUCCUCCAGCUAUCCUCACACCGCCCCAGCUGCCAGAUCCUGAUCAAUGCAGACCUGCUCCCCACCAUGGCCGAGGAGCUCUUCAUCAGGAAGAUCGAUGAUGAGCCCAUGGAUUCUCGGGCCGACUCCGCCGACAUCUUGGCAAACUUGCUGGAAUCCGGGAUCGAUCCAGAGAAAAUGGAGAUAGAUCGCCAAGGUCGCACCAUGGCUUCAGAUUACUUCAUACGGAACACUUGCAGGAUGAUCAAGUUGAGUAUGCCGUUUGGAUUGAACGAGAGCCUGGUCAGGAUCCUCAUCUCCCUGAUGGAGUGGAAGAGGGCGGAGCAGAGGACUGUGAAGGCGGUCAAGGCGGCCGACACCACUUAUACCCUGAUCGAGUUCUUAAGCUGCCUUCAAGAUAAGCUCUGCGCCGCCGCCAUGGAGCUGCUCAUCAAGCUCUCCCCCUUCAUGGGGCACACCAUAGCCGAGGGGCUCUGCAAGUCGAGAGGGCAGCCGGAGGGCCUAGUUGAUGAGCUCCGAGCCGAGCAGAUCACCAGGACGCAGGAGCUUGCGGCGACCCUGCUGGUGAAGCUCCCACACCGGAACCUGGAGCUCAAUCUCUCCCUCCUCCGGCACGGCGGCGCCGCCGUGGCUCUGCAGGGGAUACAGAGGAUCCAGAGAGGGGAAACCAGGGCGACCAGGCACAGGAGGGGCUUCUUCGAGGGGCUGGUGGGCACACUGGUCAGGUUCACCGCCACCUUGCAUGAAGAUGACGUGCUUCUCAUGGCCAGGAAGCUCAACCUGACGGGGCUGUUCACGGAGCUGGUGGCAGGGGCCGCUGGCGGCGAGGAGGUCCAGAGGCUGUCUGCAGUUGGCCUGGAGAAGCUCUCCACCAAGUCUGCCGAGCUCUCGGCAGCGCCGCCGCCUCAGGCUCAGCCCAGGAAGCCCAGGAUGGGGAGGCUCCUGCCGAGAAUUCUCAGCCCGUCGGAGAAGACACAGCAGCAGCGGCGGCUCUGCCCAGUCCACCGGGGGGUCUGCUCCCCGUCCUCCACAUUCUGCCUGGUGGAGGCCGGUGCAGUGGAGCCUCUCCUCAGCUGCAUGGACCAUAGCGGCGCGGCAGUGGCGGAGGCCGCACUGGCGGCGCUUUGCACCCUCCUGGACGAUACAGUGGAUGUUGCUGGCGGCGCCGCCGUGCUGGCGGAGCUAGGCGCAGUGCAACAGGUUCUGGGCGCACUGAGGUCCCGGCAGGAGGAGGAGGGCCUGCGGCGGCGGUGCUUCUGGGUCCUGGAAAGGUUCCUGAUGAAGGGCGGGGAGGCGGCGCGGCAGGACAUCGCCGGCGACCGGGCCCUGGCUUCCAUUCUCAUGAGCGCCGUCCACGGCGGCGACUCCAGCAUGAAGCAGGCGGCGGAGAUCAUCCUCCGGCGACUGAACAAGAUCCCCGACGUCUCCAUCAGCGUGAUUUACUGA